AUGCCGGGCUGCCGCAUCAGCGCCUGCGGCCCAGGGGCUCAGGAAGGGACGGCAGAACCGGGGUCCCCCCCGCCGCCGCCCCGGGAGCCCCUGUCGUCCCUUCAGCCCCCGCCCCCAACUCCGACCUUGACCCCGACCCCAGCUCAGUCCCGGCCGCUGCCGGAGGCGGCCCAGGCGUCAGCUGCGCAGGCCGAGGGUCAGGAGCUGCAGCGCUGGCGCCAGGGCGCUAGUGGGGGCGCUGGGGUCACCGGGGCGGCAGGGGGCGCCGGCGGUGGCUCCGGAGCUGCGGCGGGGGCUGGGGGCCGCGCGCUGGAGCUAGCCGAAGCGCGGCGGCGGCUGUUGGAGGUGGAGGGCCGCCGGCGGCUGGUGUCGGAGCUGGAGAGCCGCGUGCUGCAGCUACACCGAGUCUUUCUGGCCGCCGAGCUGCGCCUGGCGCACCGCGCAGAGAGCCUGAGCCGCCUGAGCGGCGGCGUGGCGCAGGCCGAGCUCUACCUGGCGGCGCACGGGUCGCGCCUCAAGAAGGGCUCGCGUCGUGGCCGCCGCGGCCGCCCGCCGGCGCUGUUGGCCUCUGCUCUCGGCCUGGGGAGCUGCGUGCCCUGGGGCGCCGGGCGGCUGCGGCGCGGCCAUGGCCCCGAGCCCGACUCGCCCUUCCGCCGCAGCCCGCCCCGCGGCCCCGCUUCCCCCCAACGCUGA